GAUCGAUGAUGACCCGAUGACAUCUCUUUUGCUAGUCCGAGCGCCGGCUCGCCCCCUUACCCCUUGAUGAGAUGUGAGAGUCAUGAAGAUAUAUGCAUUUGGUUACUCCAGCAGCCUAAUCUAGUAAUAAUCAAAGCCCAAACGUGAAACAAUUCAAUGGUGAAUAGAGUUAUUACAUAUUAGAGGAGACCGCGGUUCGUCCCGACUCCAAAUGUCAUGUUUAGACUUCAGACCAACCCCCCAUGCCAAAGCACCUUAGCUCGACCGUUACACAUUUCAACGCCCUGCCUUACCCCAUAGAUCGUCGAAACCGUGGCUUUUCGCUCUCUAACCCAGAGAAGUCCAAAAAUUACCAGUGCGGGCAUUUCUUAUUUCACGCCAGAAUAAAGCCAUCAUAGACAUUUACGCCAAUGAUGUCAUCAUCACCGCAUCAUUGGGGACUCUGUUCGUUCUCCCUCGCAGCAUCCACGAGAAUUCGACAAAACCUCUGCACUUCGCAUCUCCCAAGUGAAUCGAUUGGGUUUCCAACGCAAAAGCAAAGUUCUCCGACACUACCAGGAUCUAUCCCAGCGUUGAGAGCUACCCAAGUACUACGUUUCACACCCUUCGUGCACCAUCUUCACUACCACCGAACAUACACCACAACCUCCCACCCACUUCCCAAAAUGAAGAAACCCGAAAUCACCGAAACCAAACCAACCACAAACUCCAAAGACGAACACUGGAAAACCCAAGCUCCCUACAUCGCCCCAGGCAAAUCCCAUCCGCACGGCGACGCCUUCCACAAGAAAAUCCGCGGCGCCUGCCAAUGCGGCCAAGUAACCUACUGGCUCUCCAAAGACGAGCCCCUGGCCUCGAAGUUUUGCCACUGCAGGGACUGCCAAAAGAUGCACGGCGCGCCCUUCCAGUGGGCCGCCAUCUUCCACAAGGAAGAUCUGGCGUUCGAUAACGGCGUCGACGGGCUGGCGUUCUACUCGUCGGGGAAGAAUCUACAGGGCCAUGAUUUGCCGUGUAAAGUAAGUUGCGGGUUUUGUGGGAGUCGGAUUAUGGAUGAGGGGAGGAACAUGGUCUUGUUGUUUCCUGGGUUACUGCAUUUUGAUGGGGAGGAGAAGAGGAAGAAGUUCGAUGUUCAGAAGCAUAUCUUUUACGGUCAAAGGGUUGUUGACCUCCCGGAUGGCAAGCCGAAGUGGAGCGGCCUGGAUGAGAAGAGCGAAUUGAUGGAGGAAGAGAUUGUGGAUGUAAAGCACAAGAAGCGGAAGAUGGAAAAUAGCAAUGGCGACUAAUACGUCGAACCUCUAGAUGUAAU